CACAAGUACCAAAACCUACCCCACUUUAUAGCUGUUUUUCACACGUAAAUUCAAAUCCUUAUCUUCAUUUUCCUUUUCCACGGUCCAAAACACAUUCAUUCACAUCACUACUCACGUUUUCACCCACCUAUCAACGUUUUUCCCAUUCUUUGGCUUGCAGAAAGUUAAUAAUAAUCUUGAAUUAGUAGAGUUAUUGGUGGAUCUUUGAAGGUGUGAGGAAUUAGAGAAGAUGAAAAUUCAGUGUGAUGUUUGUGAGAAAGCUCCUGCUACGGUGAUUUGUUGUGCUGAUGAAGCUGCUUUGUGUGCUAAAUGUGAUGUUGAAGUUCAUGCUGCUAACAAACUUGCUAGCAAGCAUCAAAGGCUUCUCCUUCAAUCUCUUUCUAAUAAGCUUCCCAAAUGUGAUAUCUGUCAAGAUAAGCCAGCUUUCAUAUUUUGUGUUGAAGAUAGAGCACUGUUCUGUAAGGACUGUGAUGAACCAAUUCAUGUAGCUGGUAGUCUUUCUGCAAACCACCAGCGCUUUCUCGCAACAGGUAUACGUGUUGCUUUGGGUUCUAGUUGCACUCAAGGGAAUGAUAAAAGCCAAAUUGAACCAUCUAAUCAAGAUACAAAACAAGUUCCUUUUGAAGUUCCUGCACAGCAAGUGCCUAGUUUUGCUUCCUCUUGGGCUGUUGAUGACUUGUUGGAAUUUACAGACUUUGAUUCUUCAGACAAAAAGCAAUCCCUUGAAUUCGGAGAGCUUGAGUGGCUAUCAGACGCAGGUCUUUUCAACGAACAGUUUCCUCAUGAAGGUUUAGCUGCGGCUGAAGUUCCUCAACUUUCAGUAACACAUGCUAGCAAUGUUGCAUCAUACAAAGCGCCUAAAUCGUAUAUGUCUUACAAAAAGCCUAGGAUUGAAGUCCACCAUGAAGACGAUGACGAUGAGCAUUUCACCGUGCCUGAUCUCGGAUAAAGAACAUGACCAUCUAUAUAUGGAUGAGUUUAUAUGCAUACUUCUCUGAAGAUACCAAGUACUAAAAAGUAUGUUAACUAGCUGUGUGUAGUACCGCGUUUUAGGAGCUUUGAAUCGAUGAAGCGUAGAAUUAUACUUUAAGGGUAUGAAUUUUUGCAUGGUGUUUGUGAUCAUUGUUUAAAGAUGCUCACAACCUCCAUGCAAAAUAUGCAAAAUUAGAUGGUUUAUGUUGUGUGGUUUUUUGUCUUGAAGACCAUUUUGGUAUAUUUGCUACAAUGAGGGCAUGCGGUAUGGUAUCCUUAUUGUGAUUUCUAAACUUGGAGAAAAUAGUCGAUUAUCUUGACCUGUUCUUAAGGAACACAUGGCAAAAUUGCAAUGAAUACCAUGGUUAUCAAA